AUGCGCGACGACGACGGAGACAAGCACCCUGCGUCCGGCGGCAGCAGUGAAGAGAGCAAGGGAGCCGUAAUGACGGAGAGCGGACCAGCUCAACCAGAUCGGCAAGACGCCCACAGCGCUAGGAAUAGCCUCAGCACAGCGAAAGAUGUCACCAAGACUACCGGUGGGUAUCAUAGCGAAGUGGCUCCCUGUGAAGAACCUGAUGCAGUCACUACUGGGGGCGACGAUUUGCCUGCCGCUGGUGACGAGGGUGACGGGGCUGUUGGAAGCAAGGGUGCGUUUAAUGCAGUUUUUCAGUUGAUUAGCGUUGUUACGUCGCUGCUAUCUCACGUUACGUCGUUCUACAAACUGCCGAUAGAAGGCCAGAUAGUCCAAGGAAUAAGGCAUAAAGGCAAAAGAAAACAAGGAGGCUCGAAGGAGGCUGCAGCUGGGAAGCAGCAAAAAGGUGAGCCAAAGAGCAAGCGCACUGCAUCGCAAGCUGGGGCCGCUCCGUCUGGAAAGAAGAAGCUUCGUCUGUACUCGCCCCACGUGGCCGACAGGAGUACAUCUUCGUGUGAAGAGGAGGAGAAGGUCGCGUCGCACGAGGACGACGAGAAGGGCGCGCCACAAGAGGACGAGGAGAAGGGCGCGUCGCAUGAGGAAAGUGACGACGAAGAUUUGCCCAUGUAUCUGCAAUUUCUAGAAGAGAAGAAACCGCGUGAGCGAGCAAGUAAGACCACACCUGAGCGUGAGGCCAUGAUUGCAGCUCACGUGAACGUGAACAAUCAUGUGGAUCCUAUCCCACGGAAAGGGUAUUCAACAUGGAUCUCGUGGAUGUUUGAGUUUGAAGAGUAUUGCACUAGUCACAACCUCAAGUUUCUCGUCCGCACGUCCAAAGCUGUCGAGGAGUACAACCUAAAUAACAAUGCGAACGUGAGUGCGCAAACAUUUCACAAGUAUUUCUCAGCGUAUCGCUGCACGCAUCGAGUAUAUCAAGAACGACGAGGGGAGGGAAAGCGCAACGCAAGCGUCAACUUUACAGGCUGUCCUGCGCUGUUUGAUUUGGAGUUGAUGAACGUGGCCCCCCCCCCUGGUAAGCCUCCUCGUCACCGCUUGAUUGUGCACAACGAAUGGCGUAUGCACAAUCACACUACGGAGAUUUCUGGUGCUACUGCAGGUAUCAAGGAGCUUCCCACCCAAGGUGUUGUUGCGCAAACGGUCUCUGCAUUGCACGACUGCAAUGCAUCGUCGGGCAAGAUUGCUGGAUAUAUGAGUGAGGAGCUUGGUAGCAAGAAAUUUUAUUAG